GACAUCCUGUCAUGCUGCAGGAAUGCAAUACGGGAGUAACUCAUUAGCAAAAGGUCAACCUAUGUCGUACCUCCUCUGUACAAAAACAACAAAAAGAGAGGUGUGGCUAAAUAAAGAUGGCGGAUCGAUUGACACAGCUACAAGAUGCAGUAAAUCAGCUAUCAGACAACUUUUGUAACAGCAUUGGCAUCCUGCAAGACACUGGCAAUGCUGAGCAGAGCAGUGGGACCUCUGACCAGAAGAAAACCGGACAAGAAGAGAACUGUGUGCUAUUCUCUGGGCUCAUCUCGCGCACUGUGCAGGACAUAGAUGUGCUCAUUGACUCCCUGCCCAGUCACCAGUACACACAGGAGCGGCAAAUGGAGUCUCUUCAUCAACUGGAGACAGAGAAUAAACAGAGUGCAGAGAAACUGGCUAGAGCCGUAGAGGAGGGAGAACUGCUGUUGUCUAAAGUGAGGGAUGCACUGAAGGAGAUCACUGACUUUCAGCUAGGCAUUGAUUCUCAGAGAUAAUAGAACAUUAUUUUCUUACAAAACUAUAUAGUUCAUGCAAUGUUUCAAUAUACAUUUUAUGAACGAAUUAAUUAUUGUUCUGACUCUUAAAUGUAGUCAUAUAGUCCCCUG